AUGAGCUUGCUGAGGGCCUGGGCACACCCCAAGGUCCCGAGGCUCGUCCUGAGCACAUGGAACCAGGCGGAGACACCUCCUGAACCGAUGCGGAAACCCCUCACAGAGUCCCCAGAAACCCCUUCCCCGGAAUCUGAGUCCCUGCCUGGACUGCUCAUCAGACAUCAAAGCCAGCCUGUUCUGUGCAAACGCCGCUGCUCCCUGCACCCUCCAACAACUAGGAGGGUCAGCUGCCCAUCUGCGGAAGUCACCCUACAUUCCCUGACCUGCGCAAACCCCACCGUGCACACAAGUGCGAAUGUGUUGGUGAAUGUGUCAGAGAGUAUGUGCCAUGGAUAUGUUGGUGUGUUUGUGAAUAAAUGUGUCAGCGAGUGUGAAUGUGUUGGUGUGUCUGUGUCUGUGAGUGUGUCAGUGAGCAUCAAGUAUGACAUGUCCAUAAACGAGUGUGAGUGUGUGGGUGAGGCAGUGCCUGAGACAGAUGCAGCCCGACAGCAGCCCUGCUCCCCAUUCAACCCACACCCCCGUGGUCCCCCCACCAGCCUGGCCCCUGAGGGUUGGAGGGCAGCCACUCACUUGGUGUCACAGAACUUGAGGUUGGUGAACUUGGGGACCCGCUUCAGGAAGUGGGGCCAGGAUGGCCAGGCCCAGCCCAUCUUUCUGGGGGAUGACGAUGGGAUCGGUGAAGCCACGCUCCUCCAGGUAGCCAAGCAUGAGCUGAGUGCCGGCACAAGGACCAACCACCACAUCUGCCAUGCUGUGGGGGUAGUGCAGGACGGCGGGUCCCGAGGGCCGCCCCUCGGCGAGAGAAAGAAACGGUCAACCGUCUCGCGACGCAAACGUCCGCGGCUUCACCUGGAGAAGCCACAGGCACCUUUCGCGGCUCGCACGGCCGCCUCCGCGCAACGGACUCCCGGGGCACCCGGAGUGCGCGCGGCCCCCAGACCCCCACGCUCCGGGCUGCGGCGCGCUGAGGCCGUGACCUUCGUCCCCGGGGUGCGCGCCGGAGCCCCCCAACAAGGGGCCAUCUUCCCGAGCCUGUCGCGCGCCGGCGCCGGGGGCUGCGCAGCAGGGACGCGGCGCGGGACCCACCGCCCCGGGGAGGAAGGGGAGCGCAGGAACCGCCCGAGCGGCCGCCACUCACCUCGGCGCUCACUUGCCGCGCGAGCCCGCACUCCGCCCCGGCCUGGCGCUCCUUCUGCAGCGGCUGCGGGGGAAGGAGACAGUCAGGUAGCUGCUCUGGAGGUAAUGAAGUUGAUCCAUCUUGAAGUCCAAGUUUUUGCCUUUGCUCUUGAAGACCUUUUUCUCGCUGAAGUUGUUGGCGACCUUUCUUCACGGGGAGACGCCCUUGUGGUUCAAACGGAUCUUUAUUCUGCUUUAGUCUCCUCAGCUCCUCCUCAGAGAAGCCGGCCCAACCCCGCGCCAUUCGCCCCCACCGCCAGCAACCCGAGUGCCAGUACUGUAAUUUUUGAUAUAAAUCUCAGAAGAUCAGUAGAAGACACGAGACUCCUGGGUCAGAAGCAAAGAACUUUCUUACUCAUGGCUCACGCAGUAGCCAGAACUUCAUCUGGUAGAGCAUGAAGAAGAAUUUCAAACUCAAAAAAAAAAAAAAAAAAAAGAAGAAGGAAAGUCUGAGCCUUGUCAAAAACUUUC